AUCUGUUCAGCCAUAUAAACAUACCUGAUUACCCACUAAGCAUACACUAGUAUUUCUCUGGACAUAACUAAAUUAAAAUGAGUUUCAAAAACAAGGUUGUGCUAAUCACUGGCGGGAGCUCUGGUAUCGGAGCUGCAACUGCAGAGCUAUUCGCUAAAGAAGGAGCUGACAUCGCUUUAGUAGGAAGAAAUGAAGAAAGACUAAAGAAAACUACUGAAAGAUGUGAGAAACUUGGCGCUAAAGUCCUCAUCAUCAAAGCAGACGUUGCGGUCGAUGGUGAUCUGAAAACAAUUGUCAAGAAAUCAAUCGACAGAUUCAAUAAACUCGACGUACUUGUCAACAACGCUGGUAUACUGACUGAAGCGACUAUUGAAGACAAAAAUCUUAUGGAAGUGUUUGACAGAACAAUAAACAUCAAUCUUCGCUCCACUGUCUACUUAACCAACUUGGCUGUUCCGUACCUGAUUAAAACAAAAGGUAAUAUUGUCAACAUAUCCAGUAUUCUUGGAGUGUCGACUCUUGGUAAAUCUCAAUAUUUAUCGUACUGUGUUUCCAAGGCUGGUAUGGAUCACUUCACACGAUCUGCCGCAUUGCAUCUUAUGCCAUCAGGUGUGAGGGUUAAUACUGUUAGUCCAGGAGCCACACGUACAGAUGUACUCUCAAAUGCUGGUAUCCAUAUAUCUUGGGAGGAUAAUGUAAAGAGUUACAAUAUGGAAAAAGUAUCAGAGCCGGAAGAAAUUGGUCAUUUAAUCCUAUAUUUGGCAAGUGACAAGGCCAGAAGUAUUAAUGGAGCUAACUUCUAUAUUGAUCAUGGCAGUCUGCUGAAGAAUUGAGUUCAAGAGUCAUGCAAUGGAAUCAUUAAAUAUUAUCUUUUCUUAAUGCGCUAUGCGCAGCUACGAUGUAUAUUCUUUUAAAGUAAUAAACAGGUGCACCUUUCCUGUUUUGUUUAAUAUCUUCAUGAUAAUUAAACUGAUAAUAGUAAUUAUCCAAUAGAAAGAGAUUAUUAUGUUACAUAAACAUCAUAUGAUAAUUUAUCUUUUAGAAUGCCAAAUUACAGUAAUUUUGUCAUUUCAUUUACUAAUCAGUCUAGCGUUUUUUGGCGCAUGCGGUCACUGUACGAUAAAUGAAGGUUAAUAUUGGAGUUUAAUGAGAGUAUCCGUAAGCAGUCAAAUAUCUGCGAAAAGUUUUCUUCAUAAAAAUCAAUCAAUAUAUAAAUAUUGUACUGCAAU